GGCUGCUCGGCUCCGCCGCGCCCCGUGCCAUGUAGGAUGCUGCCGGCUCCCGCGGCCAAGCGGCCGCCUCCCCUGCUCUGGCCACCGCCGCCCGCCGAGCCCCCGGCUCUCCCCUGGGCUUGGGUGGUCCCGGCCACCGCGGGGCUCCUCAGGGUCGGAGGCACCGCCGGGGCCGCUCCCCCCCCACCUCCGCCGCCGCUGCUGCUGCCGCCGCCGCCCCCCCCCGCCGCCCUGGGCUGGCGCGUCCCCUGCGAGCCGCUCCUGCCGCUGCUCGCCGACCAGCGCGGCGCCGCGCUCCUGCACGGGCAGUGGAUAUUUGGGGCUCAUUCUCCAGUCAUAGGAUUUUCACCUUCUUCAAGCGUGGAAUUUGUUCCCGUUUUACCACCUGUGUACACGUCUGCAGUGCCACCUCAUGCUAGGAAAAACUGGAUUGAUAAAAGGCUACCGAACUGCAAAAUAUACUUGAAUAAUGCGUUUGCUCUGGAUUCAGCGUGGAUACAUCCCGAGGAAUCAAGACUGUUCCAGGGAAAUGAGAAACCUUUGUUAAUGACAAAUCAAGUAGCUAUGGCUAUAGCCAGGCCAGCUGCUGCCUCCAGGCCUCUUCCCACAGUGGUGUUGGCACCUCAGCUAAUACCAGGUGGUUGCCAGAAUAGCCUUAAACCAGUCAGUGGCAAUCAGGCUCUGGCACUGGCCACUGCAGCCACCACCGCGAUGGUGGCGGUAGAGUCUGAAGCACCCCAGGGACCUUCGGCACCGAGUGUCCAGCCUUGCCAUGUGCUGACCUUCUCUCCUAUCAAAAUUCCAGUUUUGACUUCGCCUUUUCCAGGUUCUGCCUCUAGAAUGGAUGCUCGUGUGGGUCCUUUGAUGCCGACGCAAGUCACCCGGGUAACUGCUGUGUCUGCACCAGCAGUGACGUUCAUGGCAACCAAUUUGAUGGAUCAGACGUUAACAGAUAAUGGCAAAGAAUCGAGUAGAUCCUCCUGCCCACCGACCUUGAUUUUACGCGCUGAGAGGAAGAGUACCACUGUGGAGAGUGAUGGUGACAAGGAUCAUUCUUUCAAACUGGUUAAUGAGGAUGACAGCGCAUCAAACGGCAACAAGCCUGUGGCAUCCACUCCAGUGCCAGGAUCACCAUGGUGUGUAGUCUGGACUGGAGAUGAUCGGGUCUUCUUCUUCAACCCUACAAUGCAGUUGUCAGUCUGGGAGAAGCCAGUGGACCUGAAGCACCGCGGUGACAUAAACCGAAUCAUUGAGGAUCCUCCUCACAAGCGCAAGCUGGAAGCUGCAGCAACAGAUAAAUGUGUUAGUUCUUAUCCAGGGGAUGAAAAUGAUGAUCUUAGCAUCAAAACUAAGAGAAAUAAAACAGAAGAUUCCCAAGCUGCUGACCAGGGGAAGGCUGAAAUGGAAGAGAAAAAUGAGGAAAUAUCAGCAUCUCAGAUCACGCCUCCCCUAGAAGAGCGCAUCACUCAUUUCCGAGACAUGCUUCUGGAGAGAGGGGUUUCAGCAUUUUCUACGUGGGAAAAAGAAUUACAUAAAAUAGUAUUUGAUCCACGCUACCUUCUACUGAAUUCAGAAGAACGUAAACAGAUAUUUGAACAGUUUGUCAAGACCAGGAUCAGAGAAGAGUACAAAGAAAAGAAAAAUAAAUUGUUGUUAGCCAAAGAAGAAUUUAAAAAGCUCCUUGAAGAAUCCAAGUUGUCGCCAAGAACAACCUUUAAAGAGUUUGCAGAGAAAUACGGAAGAGAUCAGCGUUUUCGGCUUGUUCAGAAGAAGAAGGACCAAGAGCAUUUUUUCAAUCAGUUCAUACUUAUUCUUAAGAAGAGGGACAAAGAAAACAGGAUAAGGCUACGGAAAAUGAGAUAAAAAAUCCUGAAACUGGCAAUAAAUACACAAGCCCAUGCUGUGACUGCAGUAAGAAAUUCAAAUGAAGGCUAGAGCGUUCUGAGUUAAACUUGCAACAGCUUGACAACGAAGCAGAUAUCCCUGAGAAAAACUUUCUCCAAAGGGAGUUCAUUGAACUUAUAUUGAAUUUGUGAAGGUUGUUCUGCAGGAAUCUGAAGGAUAUUUCGUUCUCAAAUAAUUAAUGUUUCAUAUUGAAGCUCUCUUUUGUACAACAUCCAGAGUUUGAUGCAUUUCUAAUUGCCAUGAUAUGUCAAUUCCUUAAUUGUUUUAAUUAUGCAAAUUACUUGUAAUAUACACAAGUUAUGAAUCCAAUGCAGAUUUGUAAUUAAGCAGAAGCAGAUGCCAUCCAUAACAAUCUCAAGAUAUUUCCAUCAUUUAGGGGAAUUAUCUAAAGCAAUCUUUUGUCAACUUUAUGUAUUAACAUAAAGUGUUAGAGGUACGGUGGUAUAUGCAGGAAUUCAUUACCCAGUGUUCAUACAUCUCUGUCCUGUUCUCUCCGUAGUAAUAAUAUGAUAUUAAUUGUUAAUCUUAGUGAAGAGUGUGAAAAUCUUGGCAUAUGUUCCACAGGCAAACUCUUAAGUUUCAGAAAUAGCUUUUUAAUUACUGUGAAUGGUGCUUUCAGGCACAUGGGCGAUAGCAACACCUCUGUCAGAGUUACUAGAAGGGACCUACUUUGUAAAUCCAUCACCAUAUGAUUUCAAUUAUGUUACUUUAUGUGAAAAGUCUGCAUGAGAUUUUUCUCAUCAUAUUUGUAUAAAUAAAUAUUUAACUUUUUUAAUUAAUAAAUAUUUUAAGUCAAUCUUCAGGGGGUUUUAAGUUUCUAAACUUUUGGAAAUAUUGGCUAGAAUAAUAAAGCUCUCAUGGUUUUUACUUAAGAGGGAGAUAACCACAGAGUUCCUACCACUCGUGAUUUGUGUGCAAAUUCCACUAAUACCAACUGGAGUUCGGAGCAUACUGAGAUCAAAACAGUUGCUCUGACUGUGAAGGUAGGAUAUCAUGGCUAGAGUAAAUCAGCACAGCGACCUGUCAGUAUAUCCCUUCCUUCAUACUGCACGAAACACACACUGUCUUCUCUUUAUGAUCAUCAUCUUUUUCUCAGUUGAACUAACUUCUGAGUUAUCACUCAUUAAAUUUACAGAUUUCUGUUUGGUAGGAAUGAUUUUAAUAUUUUCUCCAAAUAAUGGUAAUUUUUCUUUAGAUUUAUGCUGGAUAUUUUUUUUUUAUAAUGAAGGAAAUAAGGGGUAUUUUAUACUGCUUUGGGAAAAUGCACUCAGAAUAAUUAAAUAGCAAGUACUUCACCUAAGAUAUGUUUUAGAAAGUAUGUGGAGUUUCUAACUUCUAAAUGAAAAAAUUGCCAUUUAUUUCUAUGAGAGCAAGAUCUGACCCGAAGUUGCUGUUGCUUUGAGCAAGGAAACAAGUUGCUGUGUUGGAGUUACCAGGUUAAACACGUGCUGCCAGUUUUGUUUCAUCUCUGCAAGGGUUUUACUUAGCAUGCUGGUAGAUCCAAUUUGAUUUUACAUGGCUUGUGAGAGCCACUCACAACUUAUUUAGCCAUUAUUUUUACGUCACUGGAUGAGCCUGGUUUGCUCCCAUCCCUGUGUGACUCAGGAGUUCUGCGUGAAUUAUGGACCAACAAAUGCUGUUCACUCGUUAUGUGUGGUAGGACUAGACAGCAGUCACCCAGAAGAAAGAUGUAAGUCUUGCAGUAGACCUGAAGACAGACUUCACAGGGUUUUUCAUAAGGCCUUGCACAUUUUCCUGUUAAAACAAAAGGAAAAAGCAAGAUGCAGAAAAAAAUCAGUGAGAUCUUGCUUUUAUGACUGAAAGCUCUUCUGUUUCGGUGGCUUGUACUCCUUGUGUCGUUUUCUAUUUUAAAUGUAUGUGCAUAUCUAGUCGCUAUACUGCCAUCCCCUAUUGCAAAUAUGAAUAAAAUGGGUUAUUAUUGUACUGGGGAUUCUCCUUGAUUUUAGCGUUUCCUGACAACGUCAGAAAUCCUCAUCACAAUGUAAGUAUGAUAGCAACUGGGUAAUCUAAUUUUCUUGUGAAAUUCUCUGACAAACAACAAGUGAUCAGUGCCGGUGGUGAUCUGUAUCUGUUAGAAAGCCUCCAAGUUCAGCUAUAUUUUCUCAUAUUUAAGAUGUAAGAAUAAACACAACUAGCCCCAUGAUACAACAGAAGUUUAUAUUAAGGCACGUUAUAUGUGGAAUAAUAUAUAUAUAUAUAUAUAUAUAUAUAUAUAAAAUGCUGAUACUCAGCAAGGUAAAAUACCUUCAUAGGAGUGCAUCAAGUUUGUGGAAGCGUAUGAUCUCAUCCCAAAUAAGAGUUGUAUGGCCUAUUCAUUUCAAAGUACCCUUAAAAAAUGAUAGUCUUACUUCAGAUGUCUCAAGUUAAAACAUUCUGCUCUCUUUUUAUUAAUAUGUGAGGAAAAUUACUCUAUCUGGAGUGACUGCUUUAUACUAUUCGUCAGGAGUUUCCUAAGAUGAUGGCAGAACCCAUCCACCACAUUACCUUCUCCUGUUCUUAUAGAAAAAUGAUUUUGUUGAGCUGAGAAACCCGAAUACCAAUAAGAAACACAGGAAAAUUUCGAUUUUAACUUAGAUCACAGAGCACCUUGUUAUAGAUGCUGUAUUUAUUCCUUUUGGCUAUAGGUAGUAGUGGAGGUGCUGCUCCUGCUGUAGGUUUGAUUCCUCGAUGUUCUUGCGAGCGUGGAGGGCAGAUGCAGCGUGCCCAGUCCUGGGGUGGGUGUGACCGAGACACCCCACAUGCUCGAGCAGGAGUGCCUGUUCUCGGAGCCAGGGCUUAGAAAAUUAAACUGCUUUUGUAUAUCCUGUAUAUAAUGCAAAAAAUCCAAGGAGAUGAGGGGAACCAUUACAUCCCUUUUAUAUAGUUUUCACCGCGUAUAAAAAUUGCCAUACGUGCAUUAGAAUUGCGAAUAUAAAGGAAUUACCAUUCAUGGCUCAUAUGUCAAAGAAAAACCUUCUGUCACUACUUUGGUAUGGUUCAAGAUGGGCAUAGGGGCUUUUUGCUUUACCGCAUUAUUAUUUGGAUUGGUAUGGUAUAAAGCACAUAAUAGCUUUUAAUAUUUGAAUCCUAAUUAUUAUUGAUUAUAAUCAUAUUACUUUCAUAAAAGAUAACUAGAGUCUGAAAGGCCUUGAAGGUUGCAAGUGCCUUUGAUAGAUUCAAAAGCUCAGCUCCAGGUCUGUCUGUUUGUCCUACAGGUGGUUGGGUAAGGCUGGUUUUCUUGAAGUUAGAGUGGAGGUGGGUCUGUGCUCCAGUCACUGGAAAAAUGAGGCUAUCCCUGAUGCCAAAUCCAGCAAGUCUUUGAGAAAAAGGAGGCCUGAUGCUUGGGUUGGUUGUGUUCCUCCAAGGAACACCUGCGUGAUGCAACCAGGGACGUGAAGGAAUGCUUUGCACCAUUUCAGUCUGUUUCACUGGGUAUAACUUCAUGGCUGACCUGGGAAAUCACACAAGACUGAUGGCCACAAACGCCUGACCAUCAUACAUGAAGAGCAUAUAGUAGGUGCUAGGAAAUUAUAGCUGUAUAAAUCCAGGAGACGUCCCCUAUGGAAUCCUACAUAACACCCCAGCACCGCUGCAGAGCACCGUCUGUAUGUUGGGUGCAUCUUUGGAGGCAGCAUUGAUCCACACAGCUCACUUAUAAGGCACACGCAGAGCUUGGAGCUUCUUCAGGAAGCUUUAAAAAGCAGUAGGCUCCACUAAACGGUCAGAGAUGGUUAUUUUUCUCAGGAAGUAUAAUAUAGUUUCUGGCAUCUGUCUAAGUUUUUGUAUGCUGGGGUGCGCACUUUGAAUUGUCUUAGCCAAGAUAUAAGAAAGACAAACAGUCCUUCCUACCAUUGCAUCAUUGGGAAGACCACAUUGAAAAUAGUUCUGAAUGGAGCUCAGCUAUGUGAGAUGGUGCAGCAGCGGCCAGACCAGAGUGGUGCAGCCUGCAUCACUGGAAGACACCAAGGAGAAGAAGAGGAGCAGGUAGCGUAGUGGGAGAUGCUGUUUACCUAACCUGAACAACUUUACAAAAACGAAUCAGAGAACACUGUUUUUCAUGAGUUAGAAGUUAAUUUUCAGGACUGUUUUUACCAUCUUAUGUGAGGGCAUGCUUCCCUUUAGCUGGACAACCAAGAGGAAAAUUGAAUUAUUCCUGACUUGAGUAGAGAAUUUUUUUCUGGAGGUGUUUCAAGAUAAUGUAGCAU